CGUCAAAUAUCAGCUGACUGGUUUGUUUCGCUAUAGACUCCGCAGCAAUCAGCAAAGAAGGAAUAGCACAACAUCAAAGGACUCAACUUCUUAUUAUUACAAAAAAAAAACUGGGCUUUGAUCGCCCAAAAAUUUACAACACCUACAUUUAAAUAUAUUUUCAAUUCAUACAGGGAUCUUUUGCCUCGUUUACAAAACGGUUUGACCUGCGUGAAAUAUGCCUUCAGAGAAGACGUUCAAACAAAGGAGGACAUUUGAGCAGAGAGUAGAUGAUGUGAGACUGAUUCGAGAGCAGCACCCCAACAAGAUCCCAGUCAUCAUCGAGAGAUACAAGGGAGAGAAGCAGCUGCCCAUCCUGGAUAAAACCAAGUUCCUGGUUCCUGACCAUGUCAAUAUGAGUGAGCUGAUCAAAAUCAUCAGGAGGCGCCUCCAGCUGAACUCCAACCAGGCCUUCUUCCUGCUGGUGAACGGCCACAGCAUGGUCUCCGUGUCGGCAGCCAUCGCUGAGGUGUACGAUCGCGAGAAGGACGAUGAUGGCUUCCUCUACAUGGUGUACGCCUCGCAGGAGACGUUUGGAACCAUAACCCCCCAGUAACAGCCUCCAACCUCCACACCAUAGCUCGGACAAUGAUAUCACCUCCUCCCUCCUUGAUCCUUCGUUCCUAAAUACAGACCGAUCCCCCUUGCCUUCCCUCGAACCCUUGCUUAAAACCUUAGCCAAGACGAUGGGAACCAGACUGACCUCUUCUCCCAUGCCCUUAAGGGCCCCUUAUAGAUAUUAAAAGCCAUGUCCUGCACCUUCUCAUACUGCCCACUACCCAUUACUCAAAACCUCUCCCUGUACAUCCAUUACUCAACACCUCUCCCUGUACAUCCAUAACUCAACACCUCUCCCUGUACAUCCAUUACUCAUCACCUCUCCCUGUACAUCCAUUACUCAACACCUCUCCCUGUACAUCCAUUACUCAACACCUCUCCCUGUACAUCCAUUACUCAACACCUCUCCCUGUACAUCCAUUACUCAACACCUCUCCCUGUACAUCCAUUACUCAACACCUCUCCCUGUACAUCCAUUACUCAACACCUCUCCCUGUACAUCCAUUACUCAACACCUCUCCCUGUACAUCCAUUACUCAACACCUCUCCCUGUUCAUCCAGCCAUGUGUUUGGGAAAAGAGAUUCAAUAGUUAUCUUUGGGUUGUUUGGUGUAUAGAAUGGAUUAGUAUAGCAGAGAUGAUUGCCAGUUCAGGUUGAGUUCGACUCAAACAAUUUACAGCUUAAAUCCCUGCUUGAGUCCAUCAUGGUUGAGUUCAGUUAUACAGAAAUCUCCAUAUUUUAUUUUCCACUUGUUGUGUUUGCUAAACUUGAAUGAGCUCAGUAUUUUGGAUGAAGCUUCAAUCACAACAGCUGUUGAGGAAUUUUCUAACAGUUUAGUUAAAGCGUUGAAUCCAGUUUGACAGACAUGGGACAAACUACUUCCACAAGAACAUGUUUCAUCAAGUCUUCUAUAAUUGGUGACUCAGGCCAAUAGUCUCAACUGCUGUGACAAAAUGAGUGGUUCUUUUUUUCUUUAGUCUUUCCUUUAGCAACUUGGUUGAAUAUUCUAGGCCAACUAUAGGCUUCAUUGUAUUAACACAAGUUUUUGAGGCUAACAUGUUAAUGUGCGUUCAGUUUAGCAGUUCCCCUACCCCUGUGUUGCUCUGUUGAGCUACUUGAUAAGGGUUGUGGGUUCAGAGAUUAUUUUACUUUGCACCUUUCAAAAAAUUCAAUAAAAAUGAAGGUCCUUUCAAAAAAAAAAAAAAAAAUCUUCCCGCGCUUUGUUGUAAA